AUGUCUUUCUUUCAUGAUCUUAUGAAAGGGCACACCAACAUGAAUCUUAUUUUAGCUAUUAUGAAAAAAAAUGGAGAACAAACAAACUCCCAAAUGCAGGUGGCUGAGGAGUUUCUUUGUUCCUAUAAAGAGUUAUUGGGCAAGGAGGUAUAUAAUACUAUGGUUGAUGAUCAAAUCAUUACAAAAGGUCGUAUCCUUAAUGAUUCUCAAAGAGACCAGAUUAUGACUCCUAUUACUGAGGAAGAGAGCAAGCAAGCAUUGUUCAGUAUUGGUGAUGGGAAAUCCCCAAGUCCAGAUGGGUUUUUAGCCUGUUUCUUUAAGAGAUCAUUGAAUACUAUGGGGAAGGAGUUUACUAAUGUUGUUAAAGAAUUCUUCUCAACUGGGAAACUUUUGAAGCAGAUUAACCACACUAUUAUUGCUCUGAUUCCUAAGUCUAGUCAUGCCUCAACUGUUAAUGAUUUCAAACCUAUUGCCUGCUGCAAUGUGAUGCAUAAAGUCACUACAAAGAUCAUAGCUGCAAGGAUCAAGCUUUGUCUUGAGGAGAUUGUUAACCCAGCUCAAUAA